CACAUAAACACCACGCGCCCGCCAUCUUCGAGCUAAUAAGCGGCCAAAUUAAAUCAUUGCGUUAAAAACCUCAGUGCGGUUUAUUUCGACACACAAUACAGUUGUAUUUGCGCGACUGAACAAUGAGCGACAUUGAGGAUGGACACUAUAAAGGACGGGGGUCACGCUCCCCGUCUAAAUCGGAUCGGGGGAGUCCGGCUCGGGUCAAGUCGCAGAGCAGGUCCGGCUCCCCGAGCCCAGCACGGGCCGCCAAACGUUCGGGGUCCAGAUCCCGCUCCCGGUCCAGAUCUAGGUCUCAAUCUAGGCGGCACUCAAACAAGCGCUAUAGCCGCUCACGUUCUCGGUCAUAUUCCCAGCGGAGGAAGUCCCGCUCACGUUCCUACAGUCCCGAGUACCGCCGCAAGAAGAGCCAGAGCACUUCUCCUAAUUCGAACCGGCGCCGUCACACCGGCAGCAGGAGCAAUGACUUCCCGAAAGAAGCCAACAGUCAUGGUGGUGAUGCUGAUGUAAGGGCGAACCCUGACCCCAGCACAUGUUUGGGGGUGUUUGGCUUGAGCCUGUACACGACAGAGCGGGACCUGAGGGAGGUGUUCUCUCGCCACGGUCCUCUGGCAGGGGUCAAUGUUGUGUACGACCAGCGCACCGGUCGCUCCCGUGGCUUUGCCUUUGUUUACUACGAAAGAAUUGAUGAUUCCAAAGAGGCAAUGGAGCGAGCCAAUGGCAUGGAGCUGGAUGGGAGGCGCAUCAGAGUGGAUUACUCCAUUACUAAACGUGCUCAUACCCCCACACCAGGAAUCUACAUGGGCCGACCAACUCACAAUGGUGGCGGUAGUGGAGGUGGAGGUGGAGGUGGUGGUGGUGGUGGUGGUGGCGGCGGCGGCAGCAGUAGCGGUGGCGGCAGCCGGAGAGGGAGAGACAGAGACGGUCAUUAUGACCGUGGAUAUGAGCGCUACGACAGAUACGACGAGUACGACUACAGCAGUCGUAGGCGCUCUCCGUCACCCUACUACAGUCGCUACAGGUCUCGCUCACGGUCUCGCUCAUACAGCCCACGGCGAUACUAACUUUCUUCUUUCCACGUUGAGCUUCCCUCCAAUAAUUGAUGGUGUGUGUGACUCAUCCAGGUGUUUCUGAGGAGAACAUUUUGAAUUGGCAUGUCUAUAUCAAUAGAACUCUAAAGUUCGAGAUGGUUCUUGUUCAAAUGCAAUAGAGGUCUUAAUUUGUAGACGUUUUGGUGCAUCCAUGUUGAAUGUGAGCAAAGAACUCUUUGCGUCAUUCUUAGACUUGCUUCCUUCCUUCCUUCCCACUUCGUUUUCUGCAGCAAUGCACCCUGUUGUUGUGGCCCUAGUCAUGAUGGGGACAGUAAACUGGGGUUUUGUAAAUACCGGGGACAGUUAAUUGUACAACUUGUUUUAAGUAAAUGGAUCAACCCACUCUAUAUGUUCAGAUCAGACUCACCUGUCUGUUGCCGAGCACUAGCUGGUUUACUGGUAAGUCGCACGUCAUUCAGGCUUAAACAUGGAGUGCCAUUAGUCGUUGGUUCUUUGCUCACAUUCUGUUUCUUUUCUUUUUUUUGUCAAGGACGUCAUCAUUUGAGUUUCUCUAGUUUUAUUAUCAUGUACUACUUUUUGUAUUGUUUCUUUGUAUGGAAAUACAAAUCUAUGAAAACUC